GGCGGGGCCGGGGCGAGGAGAGGGCCGCUGCUGUGGCAACGGGCUCAGAAGGGAAGGGGGGGGCCUUCGUCUUCUCCCAAAAUGGCGUCCGCGGGAGGCGGCGGUGGAGGCGUCAACCCCUUCCUCAGCGACUCCGAAGAGUCGGAGGCCGAGGGAGCCAGGCCCGGGGGCGAAGGCGGCCCUCACAGCCCCAGCGAGCCUCCUCCUCCGCCUCUGCCGCCUCCUCCUGCUGCUGCCCCUGCGCCUCCUUCUCCCCCUCCGCAGGCCGAGGAGCCUCCUCGCGUGGCGGUGGACGCCCUGGCGGCCCAGCUGCUGCGCGACCAGUUCGUGCUGACGGCGCUGGAGCUGCACACGGAGCUGCUGGAGAGCGGGCGGGAGCUGCCCCGCCUCAGGGACUAUUUCUCCAACCCGGGCAACUUCGAGCGGCAGAGCGGAGGAGUAGGGGGAGCAGGCACCCCCGCGGCGCUCACCACCCCCGCCUCGGCCGCCCCCGGGGCCACGCUGCUCGGCCUCGCCGCCGGGAAGGAGGCCGCCGCCGGACAGCUCCAUCGAGCUGGAAGCAUUAGCACCCUUGAUUCCUUGGAUUUUGCCAGAUAUUCAGAUGAUGGAAAUAGAGAGACAGAUGAACGGGUGGCUGUCCUGGAGUUUGAACUACGGAAAGCAAAAGAGACCAUUCAGGCCCUCCGAGUCAACCUGACUCAGGCUGCAGAAAAUGAAGUUCCUUUGCAGGAACGGAGAAAUUACAAAUCAAGUCCUGAAAUUCAGGAACCAAUUAAACCUCUUGAAAAAAGAGCCCUAAACUUCUUAGUCAAUGAAUUUUUAUUAAAGAAUGGUUACAAGCUUACUUCAAUAACUUUUUCAGAUGAAAAUGAUGAUCAGGACUUUGAGCUGUGGGACGAUGUAGGUCUGAACAUCCCAAAGCCGCCAGAUUUGCUACAACUGUACCGUGACUUUGGUAACCACCAAGUAACUGCAAAGGAUGUUGUGGAUGUAGCAGUUGGCACGGAGGAAGAUGAACUGGAGACAAGCACCCCUAUCCUAGAGAACAUUCCUGUAUUUGGAACAACAGAAUCAAUAGAGCAGUGCGUAAUGGUGCAGAAAUUAGAAGAUCAAAUCAAUGCAUUAAGCACUGAGAAAUGGUCUCUCCUGGAACAGAUACAGAGACUUGAAAGUGAAAUAGAUUACUUAAGAAGUGAAAAAACUCCUAUUCCAGUGAUGUACGACUCGGUCCAGUCUUCUGUAGCUCAAGUGCCUCUCACAGUCCCAGAUAAUGGGAAAUAUUUAGAUAUCAAGAGUUCAUCUAACGAUGAUAAACAUGCUGAAACUGAAGAGAAAAGGAUUUUCUCAGAAUCUGAAUCAAGAACUUUUAAAGGAGAUGCUCGAAUAUCUCUCCCUUGUAAAGAGACACUUUCAUCUUGUUCCCCGUCAAAUAAAGCUGCAGUACACUUCGAUAAACCCAAUAGGAAACUAUCGCCUGCAUUCCAUCAAGCUUUGCUGUCUUUCUGUCAGAUGUCUGCAGAGAGUCGUUUGGGAUCAGAGGUGUCCCGGAUUGCUGAUAGUGAAAAGAGCGUCAUGCUCAUGCUUGGGCGUUGCUUGCCACACAUUGUUCCUAAUGUUCUUCUUGCAAAGCGAGAGGAAUUGAUACCACUCAUAUUAUGUACAGCUUGCCUCCAUCCUGAACCCAAAGAAAGAGAUCAGCUCUUACAUAUACUAUUCAACUUGAUCAAAAGACCAGAUGAUGAGCAAAGGCAGAUGAUUCUUACUGGCUGUGUAGCAUUUGCUCGACAUGUUGGACCAACACGUGUAGAAGCAGAACUGUUACCACAAUGUUGGGAGCAGAUCAAUCACAAAUAUCCAGAGCGACGGCUGUUAGUAGCAGAGUCCUGUGGAGCAUUAGCACCUUAUUUACCUAAAGAGAUUCGUAGUUCGUUGGUACUUUCCAUGCUACAACAGAUGCUUAUGGAAGAUAAGGCAGAUUUGGUACGAGAAGCUGUGAUCAAAAGCCUUGGUAUUAUCAUGGGAUAUAUCGAUGAUCCAGACAAGUAUCAACAGGGUUUUGAACUACUACUUUCAGCUUUGGGUGAUCCUUCAGAACGAGUUGUUGGUGCAACUCACCAGGUGUUUUUACCUGCCUAUGCUGCCUGGACUACAGAACUAGGAAAUUUGCAGUUGCAUCUUAUACCUACAUUGCUUAAUAAAAUUGAAAAACUACUCAGGGAAGGUGAACAUGGACUAGAUGAACACAAAUUGCAUAUGUAUCUUUCUGCUCUGCAGUCCUUGAUUCCUUCACUUUUUGCACUGGUACUUCAAGAUGCACCAUUCACAAACAAAGCAAAGUUACAGGGUGAAGUUCCACCAAUUGAAGUGACAAGAUUUCCAAGGCCUGUAUCACCUCUUCAAGAUGUGGCCACAAUAAUUGGAAGCCGUGAGCAGCUGGCUGUGUUGUUGCAUCUGUAUGAUUACCAGUUGGAGCAUGAGGGCACCACAGGCUGGGAUACCUUGCUAUGGGUCGUCAAUCAACUGUUGCCACAGCUCAUAGAAAUAGUUAGCAAAAUCAAUGUAGCCUCAACAGCCUGCGUACAUGAAUUCUCAAGGUUUUUCUGGAGACUUUGCAGAACAUUUGGAAAAAUUUUCACAAAUACAAAGGUCAAACCACAAUUCCAGGAAAUGUUAAGGCUUUCUGAAGAGAACAUAGAUGCUACAGCAGGAAAUGGAGUGCUAACAAAAGCCACAGUUCCUAUCUAUGCAACAGGCGUACUUACAUGUUAUAUCCAGGAAGAAGACCGAAAGCUGUUGGUAGGAUUUUUAGAAGAUGUAAUGACUAUGCUUUCAUUAUCCCAUGCUCCCCUUGAUAGCCUGAAAGCAUCUUUUGUGGAACUGGGUGCAAACCCAGCAUACCAUGAAUUGCUGCUAACUGUAUUAUGGUAUGGAGUCGUUCAUACUUCAGCACUUGUUCGAUGUACAGCUGCUAGAAUGUUUGAGCUGACUCUUCGAGGCAUGAGUGAAGCCUUAGUUGACAAGCGGGUUGCUCCGGCCCUUGUUACCUUGUCCAGUGAUCCUGAAUUCUCUGUAAGAAUAGCCACAAUUCCUGCCUUUGGUACCAUCAUGGAAACAGUUACCCAGAGGGAGCUGUUGGAAAGGGUUAAAAUGCAGUUGGCCUCUUUUUUGGAAGAUCCCCAGUAUCAAGAUCAACACUCUCUACAUACAGAGAUCAUUAAAACCUUUGGUAGAGUUGGACCAAAUGCUGAGCCACGAUUUAGAGAUGAAUUUGUCAUUCCACAUUUGCAUAAACUCGCCUUGGUAAAUAACCAACAGUCUGUGGAUUCAAAAAGACUGGACAUUGCCACUCAUCUCUUUGAGGCCUACAGUGCACUCUCCUGUUGUUUUAUUUCUGAGGAUUUAAUGGUCAACCACUUUUUACCUGGACUCAGGUGUUUACGAAAUGACAUGGAAACUCUCUCACCAGAACAUGAGGUUAUUUUAAGCUCCAUGAUAAAAGAAUGUGAACAGAAAGUGGAAAAUAGAAGCGUCCAAGAACCACAAGGUUCUAUGUCAAUUGCAGCAAGCCUUGUGAGUGAAGACACCAAGACCAAGUUUUUGAACAAAAUGGGCCAGUUGACCACCUCAGGAGCCAUGCUGGCUAACGUAUUCCAGAGGAAGAAAUAAAUUGGAAUAGGAAGCCCUUGUAAACACUGAAAGACCUCAUUGAGACUUGUUCCUUGUACUUGAAGUACUUGCCUUUUCCCCCGUCUUAUGUUCUUGUAGUAUGAUUUUACUCUAACCUACAAAGAUAUUUGCACUGCUCUCAAAUAUUGCUAUGUAUCUGUUAACAUUGGGUUAAAUGUGGUUGAUUAUAAAACUAAAUUAAGUCUGUAUCAAGUCCCUGUCCUGUGUUCUUGUCUUUUCUGCCUAAUUUUUAUAUAAAUAUAUAUAUAUACAGUGAAGUUUUUUAUUUCCCAAUGGAUUCUCGGCCGAUAUCUGUAUUAUAAAUGGAGCUGUUAUGAUGGUACCUAAAAUAAUGUAAAUUUGAAGUUGCAGUCAAUGAAAUAAAGUGCAGAAUACUUAUGUAUUUAAGUUAUAAGAGGUAAUGCAGAAUUUUUUAAUGUUUCUAAAAUGAAAGGCAAGAGCCACCAGCACUAGUCUGAUUCUUGGAUUGCUUUUUGUAAGUUAUUGUAUAUUUGAAUUACAGAGAAGAUGGAGAAUAUAAUGUAUUACAGAAAUGCUUACACUACAAGUCUUAUUGUGGACCAUAUUCUUCUAAAAGCGAUGGAUAAAGCAGUUCUUUGAGAUGCAUCUUUUGCAGGCCCUGGUAAUUUUGAUGUCUAUGAAGCAGCUGAUCAGCUUCUGCUACACAGAACAUUUCACUAAAUGGGACAGGGAGGAGGGAAUGUGCACUUGAAGGAAAGCCACACUAAUUUUAGUGGAAAUUCCAAUUUAGGAUUGAAUUAAAUGUGAUGCUGCUAUGCUUAAACAAGCCCUUGUCCACAUAUGUGCUUCAUCCAGGUACUUUCAUUUUCUUCUGUCUUCCAAGUGUGUACUGUCUCUACCCCAACUUCACAGAUGUACUGGCACUGUACAUAUUGAUCAGUGCAUGGAGUAAGUGCCAUCACUGGGAUCUUGGAAAUGUGGAAUGGCUAUGUGACCAAAAUCUCAUUUAAACCAAGCUAUCAGCUUUACAGGACAAAAAGUAUGUGGUAUUUAACCGUGGAUAUAUGAUGCUGCAAUGAUUAAAAGCAAUAAUUUGAAUAGGCCUGGGUGGCAGUUCAAACUGUGAUAUGGUAAAUGUAAUUGUUGUUGUAUGCCUUUAAGUCCUUUCCAAUUUAAGGCAGCCCUAAGGUGAACCUAUCACAAAAUUUUCUGGACCUGGUGAUGUCUGAUUUGCUAAAGGUUAGGAUAAAGGUAGAGGUUUUCCCUGACAUUUAGUCGUGUCUGACUCUGGGGGUUGGUGCUCAUCUCCAUUUCUAAACUGAAGAGUCAGCGUUCUCCAUAGACACCUCCAAGGUCGUGUGGCUGGCAUGGCUGCAUGGUUACCCAGUGGAUUUCCAUGACCAAGUGGAGAAUUGAACCCUGGUCUCCAGAAUCAUAAUUCCAACACUCAAACUGUUGCACUACACUGGCUUUUGUACCAUACAACUUCUUAAAUAAGAAUCUUGAAAAGCCACCGAUUUCCCCAUAAAAUUAAGAUCUAGUGCAAUUUUAAAUCAUGCCACAUGUUUUCUGUUUUAGCCUUGCAAUAUUUUUCUAAAAGCAAGAAUCCAGAUUGCUCCAAGACAAUCCAGAAUUUCAUGGCUAUCUGGAGUCUAAACUCAAAACAAUUCCCCAUAAUACAUUAUAAAAAAUUCCAUUCCACAAUAUUGCAAUUUCUUCACAUACGUUCAUAUUCUUUUUUAAUACAGUAUAUAGAAAUAAACAUUCCAUUGAAAUGCCAGUUCCUUGGGGAAGGAUGCAGGGCAAUGUGGAGUGACAUAAGGUGCACAUUUAGGAUCCUAGGGUUGCUAAAAAUUGUGUAUGUAACAUGAUUUUUGUGCCUGGGUUAUAAAUGUAAUUUCCUAAUUGGUUCUAUCAUAAAAACAUGGGGGAAAUGCAAAAAUCUUGUUUUGAAAGAUUAAAAAUGGCAUGUUUUUAUUAAGGAAAAAUACAAACUUUUGAGUUUCAGGUAAUAGGAUAAAAAACAAAGUUUCUGGUGUAUAACAACUACUUUUGAAGUAAGUACUGCACAAUUAAAGAGAAAAUAGCACUUUCAAACCAGGAACAAUUUUUUUCAUUUUUUGUUACAUAGUGUUAUGAACAGGCCCAGUUUUACUAUUUCAUGCAAAAGGAAAGAUGCAUUGAUAACUCUCAGUAAGAGUUAUCAAUGCAUUAAGCCAUUACAUUCUAGUAUUAUCCCUAAAAAACCUUGCUAGCCCAUGUCACAUACCUUGAAGCUUCACUGAAAUGAAAAAUAAGAUAAUUAUUGUGAUAGCAAUACUAAAUUGGGGAAGAGAAAAUCAGUUUACCUGUGGGAUAUUAAUAAUUUACUCACAUUCCUAUAUCUUCAAUGUAAAAAAAGGGCUCAGUUUGUAUACAUUCACAUUUUAACCUGGGUGAUGAAUCGGUCAGCUCCUUCCCUAUUUCAACUGCUAUGAGUUGCACUAGUUGUGUUGCAAGUGCGAUCCUUGCAGACAAGGAUCCAAUAGAUCAUGAAAUGCUGGCAGCAUUCCUGAAGAAUUAGCAGUGGCUAACUCUCUUGUCCUUUCUUGAGUGAAAUAAAAGGUUUUGCAUA